AUGAAGCAGCGGCGGUGACGUCACCCCUGCGGCACGGACAGGGCUCGUCCUGCUGACACGAAAAACACACAAGUCGGUCUGCAGCUCGGACUGUCUGCGUCUGUGUGAAAACAGCUGGACACACCUGGACGACAACAACAACAUGGGCAACGUGCAGCCCACCAUAGUCCCGUAUGAGGACUUUGAUGUUACAGCUGAUAUCAAAGCCAUCCGACAAGCGUGUAAAGGUUUAGGUACGGAUGAAGAGGCCAUUACCCAGAUCUUGGCCAGCCGUUCUGCAGCUCAGCGUGUGGAGAUCAAGCAGGCCUACUUUGAAAAGUACGACGAUGAGUUGGAGGAGGUCCUGAAGAAGGAGCUGACGGGUAGUUUUGAGAACGCCAUCAUGGCCAUGUUGGACCCUCCUCACGUUUACUUCGCCAAGGAGCUGAGGAAGGCCAUGAAGGGGGCAGGAACCGACGAAGCCGUACUGGUGGAGAUCUUGUGCACAGCUACUAAUGAGGACAUCUUGAGCUACAAGGAGACCUACGUCCAGGUGCACGAGCGCGACCUGGAGGCAGAUAUUGAGGGCGAUACCAGCGGAGAUGUGAGGAACCUGCUCAUAUCGCUGCUGCAGGCGGCCAGGGAUGAAGGCUUUGAGGUGGACGAGGGUUUAGCCGAACAAGACGCUGUGUCUCUGUUUGAGGCAGGAGAAGGCAGGUUUGGCACCGAUGAGUCGACCUUCACCUACAUCCUGACACACAGGAACUACCUGCAGCUUCAGGCCACCUUUAAGGCCUACGAGUCGCUUUCAGGAACAGACAUUCUGGACACCAUUGAUGCUGAAGCCACAGGAACUCUGAAGGAGUGUUACAUCACUCUGGUGAGGUGUGCUAAGAACCCGCAGCUGUAUUUCGCCCGACGCCUUAAUGCUGCCAUGAAGGGACUCGGCACCGACGAGGACACGCUCAUUCGUGUUAUCGUCGGCCGCUCUGAGAUCGACCUGGAGACGGUGAAGGACAUGUACCUGGAGAAGUACGAUGUCACUCUGAAGGACGCUCUGGAUUCUGAGUGUGGCGGAGACUUUAAACGCCUCCUCAUUGAGAUCCUGCACUAAAACCUUCCUCCUGUUCUGGCCUUAUUUAACCAUGACAUUACAUGACACACUCUCCUUCCUCUGCACUCAUCCUUCCAGUUUCACUUAUUCACUCUGGGGAAUCUCUCUAUCUGUCGUCCUACUUACAUCACUUUCCUUCUUUCUCACUUGGAGACACUCGGUUCUCUUUGCAGCGCGGACCAAAAAUCUAUUCAAUAUUAUACCGUUCCGUGUUUGACACAUGGCAAGCUUGCAUUUAUAGUCUUUGAAUACACCUUUUGGCCAAGAACAUUAUCUGAGUGGAACCUCCUUACAGUUAUAGUCCAAUAUACAGUGAAGGUGCAUCUUUCUGAAACUUAUAUGGAACUUGAGCAGUUCAGCAUCAUGCUCACAUAUUUAUCCAAACAGACAAUAUUAGUGUUUUAUUCUCAAUCAGGAGCUUUAUAGGUUAUUUCAGUUGCAAUCCAUCAGUUCAAGUUUAACCCAAAGCUGUCCACAUUAAAAAUUUCUACAGUAUAACAUCUACAGCUUCAUAUCAUUUAUCACUUUCUGCCAUCUUCAUUGACUUCACAACUAUUUGCCUCAAAAGAUGCCUUUCAUGAACAUAAAGCGAUGCAAUUUACUUUGUGCUGCAACACUUAAGUGCCGAUUUAUCACGCUCCUAUCUGAAUACAUUAGUAAAUGUAUUCUAUCUGAUAGUAUUAUUACCCUCAUGUCAAAGGCCUGGAUGCUUUAAGGAUACACUACUAGCAUUUUGUAGUCACAUCCCUGAACACUAAAUGGGAUUUUUUAACUCUUCUUUUUUUCACUCACAGCCCACAAGCUGCCUUGUUCUCACAUUUGUACACACAUUUACAAGACAAUUGCCUUUUUCCCUUUUUGUCAUUCAGUGACUAAAUUUUCUGCCAAAAAAACAACUAUGGUUAGAUGAUAAUCAAGAUAUGAAUCUUACACUGUAACCCUCUGAAGUGCAUUCAUUGAUAAUAGCCACACUGUCUGUAGUCGGGGAUGUAACUGUGUCUUAACUAAUGUUAUUUAAAACUGACAGUAAUUUAAAGUAUAAAAAUAUACAGUUAUAUUAUCCAUAAGUAGCAAAACAGUAAAUUAUUUAGAAGAAGUGUUACAGCAUUUAAAACGUGCUAUGUAUGACGUGAUAAUAAAUUAAUGUCACCAAAAUUCA